UUUGUAAGGUGGCGCGCGCGAUGCACAUACACAGCCAGAGCCAGCCACUUGGUUAGUCAGUUUAGUCACAAGAAGAAGAGUUGUUGCAGUUUUGGGGAGGGGUCCGGAUUUUCCUAGUGCUCCCCUGAUGGCUUUUCUGGUAGCGCGCGGCAGCGACCUUGGAGGAGGAGCAACAGAUGGACAUGAGCAGCAGUCGCCGGUGGCUGCACACAUCAGAUCACAGCUAGCAUCUGACGCGGUCACUGCCUCCAGCAACGCCAACGCCAACACAAUCAUGAAGCCUGAUGUACUCCAUGAUGCCCCCCACGAUGACUGGAAGGUCCACGAGCCCUUGGCGCCCCUAUGGGUGGAAUCGCAUUUACCAUGUCUUCAGCACCAUCACUUGCCUCACAGACCACUGGAGCUUGUCUUCACCAACGUAUCCUACGUUGUGGACAAAAAAGCUAUCCUGAAGGACAUCAGUGGUGUUGUCAAACCAGGAGAGCUGUUGGCUGUCAUGGGCCCUUCAGGCUGCGGCAAAACGACCCUUCUAAAUUGCCUGGCCGGCCGAUUAAAGUUAGAUUCCGGAAAUAUUCGUCUGAACAAAGAACGCCUCAACAAGCGCUGGAAAAGGCGGAUAUGCUACGUUUUGCAGCAAGAUAUUUUCUUCCCUGAUCUCACACUUCGUCAGACCCUAGAGUAUGCAGCGAUGUUACGGUUACCUGAUUCACUAUCUCACGCCCAAAAAAUGCAAUACGUUGAUCACAUAAUUGAUGUUUUGGAUCUUACGAAUUGCCAAGAAACAAUUAUAGGAGAUUACAUAAAAAGAGGACUGUCCGGGGGAGAGAAGAAGCGAGCCAACAUUGCCUGUGAACUACUAACCAAUCCCUCAUUGAUGCUCCUCGAUGAGCCGACUUCAGGACUGGAUUCACAUUCUGCUUACAAUUUAAUGUUGUCAUUGAAAAAGUAUGCGGAAAAAGAAGGAAAAACAGUGGUUGUCACUGUUCAUCAACCCUCUUCUCAAAUAUUCCACAUGUUCGACAGACUAUUAUUACUUUGCAAUGGAGAGACUGCCUAUUUUGGGGACGUAAAUAAAGUUGUUGACUUUUUCAACAACGUUGGACUGACGAUGAUGCCUCAUUACAACCCUGCUGACUUUAUUUGUGAGUAUUACAACUUCAAAGUAUUUCAUUGUGUUGCAGUGAAAGAAGAAGAGGGUAAAACCCUGUGGCAGGAUACAGCCAGUCACGCGUCUUCCUCGGUUAGCAGCUCUGACGAUGAUGUGUCGUGGCAGUGGCCCACUUGUUUCUGGACUCAAUUCAAAGUACUGAGCAGAAGAAAUUUCCAAGAAGCAAGACCCAGAAUGCUUUCAACUUUGAACUGGGUACAAACGGUAGCUUUAGGAGUGAUGGCUGGACUUCUCUGGUUUCAACUGGAGAGGAAAGAGGAGUCACUACAUGACAUCCAGGGAUGGAUGUUCUUCUCAACGACGUAUUGGAUGUUGUUCGCUCAUUUUGGAGCUCUAUCGUCGUUUCCACCUGAGAGAGAAGUGAUCAACAAAGAACGGCUGUCUGGAGCAUAUCGACUGUCAGCGUAUUACCUGGCAAAAAUGGUGGGCGAAUUGCCGUUGACCAUCACGCUGCCAGCAGUCUAUCACAUCAUAUCCUACCCAAUGCUUGGCUUCCACAGUCCUACCGUGUUUGCAACACUGCUGGGAUUCUUGCUUCUCAACACCAUUGUAGCUCAGAGUGUUGGAUUCUUUGUCGGCGCAUGCUGCAUGGACAUGCAGGUGUCGAUAACGAUCAGUGCCCUCUACACGCUGGCCACGCAACUGUUUGGCGGUUACCUGGCCACCAACAUCCCGCCCUGGCUCAAGUGGAUGCAGUAUUUGUCCAUGGUCCAUUACGCCUAUCAGAAUAUGCAGAUUGUCGAGUUCAGAGGAGAGUGGAUCAAAUGUGCGCCGCAAUCGAAGUUCGACGUGUGCCUCAACAACUCGACGACGCACAUCCCCGUGGCGUCGAUCCUGGAGGUGCAGGGAGCCAGCCUGCCGCUCUGGGCCAACACUCUCGUGCUGCUCCUUUUCCUGCUCAUAUUCCGCGUGCUUGGCUACAUCGUGCUCAGAUACUUCCGUCGACCCAAGUGAACUCGCCAACACUGUUAAACAAUUAUCCAACUGAUAAGUGCGGGCUGGACGAGGUAAUCUAGCAACAAUUGGCUGUGUCGUUUUACUUGUUUUGUUAAUAUUGUUUAUGUUGUUUCUACUGCCGUCGGUGAUGACCUAGUGCUUUUCAUUUCGAGAUCGGAACAUUGCUGAUAAGUGAAUCUCAUUGCUUGCAAGUGAUCGAACGAGAUGAGAUGAGGUCACAAGAGUGCCUUUUAUUUGUGAAGGUGUGCCAACCAAGUUGUGAAGAACUCCUACUGCCAAUGUUAUUGGGUACUCUAUUGUGUUCUCUAUGUAACCUUCCUAUCUUCCUAGACUAAGGUGUAAUAUAGAUAUAAUGAGAUAUUUUUCCACUGUACUAUAGUCUGUCAAGUAUUUCUAAUCAAGGAACGUCCCACCUCAUUCAAACAUCGGCCUUAUUCAUACUCGGCCAGCUCCAUCAGAGCGUUUUCAUUGUAUAGAUUCUAUUGUAUAUGUUAUAUUGAACAAGAGUCAACUAUUAUAAAUAUAUAUGAAUAUCCCUUUGUGAAUUAAUUGCACCAUCCGAUUACUUGUUAGAAUGUAAAUGCUUUAAUGUGAUUCAGAAUCUCCAUGUAUGUGUAUUAUCAUGAAUGUGUGAGUAUAUUAUACGUACAUUGUUAUGAUUCAACAAUUUUUGGUGACUCGACCUAAUUAAUAUAAUAUAAUAUGGUUCUCAUUGUGAUGUUGAUAUACACGGAUUAUACUAUUUUACCUACUAUAAUGUGCUAUCGUACGAAAUAUAUUAGCUGUUCUAUAUUUCUAUCAAAUGCUUCAUGAAUGAUAGUUGAAAUCAUAUCACUGUACAAAGUAUGUGCUAAUUUUUAGUUGAAUAAUGUUAAAUAGGAAUAGUGGUGAGCAGAGCUUUUUUAUUCGAACUGUAAAUUGCUUGGUUUCAUGCUCAUUCAUUACUCAAUCAGAAGAGCUGUGUUUGUAAUUUAUUUUAAUGCCUAAAUUUUUAAUGUUGUGAAUGCGUGUGUGUAUGUGUCAGCUCGUGUUUUGAAUAGGUAUGUUUUUUAUGAGAUGAUAUAAUUACUAUAUAUAUUAUGAAUGUCCGAGGAAAGAUGAUGGACAAUCGAUAACUACUCAGGAUGUUGCAAUACGUUAACAGGUUUGUAAGUUUAUCAUAUUUUGGAUCCAACUACCAUAGCUUAAGCAGACACACCUGCGGGUGCCUUAACACUAAGCGAAUACUUGAUUUCUCCAUUGUUACAUGUUCGCUGUUAUACCGUAUUAUGUCUUAUCCAGCUAGUUUUCUCCAUUCAAAUUUGUACCUAUUUCUGUAUUUUUUUAUUCAAAUCUAAAGAACCAAACUGUAUUAGUAUCAGUGUAUUGUUAAAACAUAAUCAUCAUUAUUUUAACUCUUGACAUGAACUUAUAUUAUAUAUUAUAUAUCAACAAACUGAUGGUAUGUGCCGCGAAUAAACAACCAGUUUAUGUACCUAGUCCAAUUCUUGAGAGGAAAGUCAUAAGGCAAGAGAAGCUAUUUAUAAAUUAAUAAAUUUAUUACAAAUUAA